CAAACCCUCUUGCAUCCAACCUCUAUUCCUCACAUGAAGAACGACCCAAUUCAAUUCACCUCCAAUUACUUCAAAUCCCUCCAUAAAAACCCCAAAUUCUGCUUCUUCCAACCCUGAUCCUCCACCUCGCCUCAAACCCUAGCUCCCCAAUGGACGACCCUCUCUCCCCUCCGCCGUCCCCCGGAGGCGACGGCGACUACGCCGCCUGGUACGGCAACAUCCAGUACCUCCUCAACAUCUCCGCCAUCGGCUCCUUCUUCUGUCUCUUCAUCUUCCUCUUCGUCAAGCUCCGCUCCGACCACCGCCGCAUGCCCGGACCCUCCGCCCUCGCUGCCAAGCUCCUCGCCGUCUGGCACGCCACCGGACGCGAAAUCGCCUGCCACUGCGGCGCCGACGCCGCCCAGUUCCUCCUCAUCGAAGGCGGCAGCUGCGGCCUUCUCCUCGCCCUCGCCGUCCUCGCCGUCCUCGUCAUGCUCCCCUUGAACCUCUACGCCGGCACCGCCGUGCUCGGCGACCAGUUCUCGCAGACGACGGUCAACCACAUUGAGAAAGGUUCAGCUCUGCUCUGGGUGCAUUUUGUUUUCCUUGUUGUGGUUGUUGUUUUCGUGCAUUUCGGCAUUUCUGCUAUAGAAUCAAGGUCAAAGAUCACUAGGAUUAGGGAUGGAAAUGGUAAUAUGAGUGACCCGGGUUCGGAUUCCACAGCUCUUUUUACUAUAAUGGUUCAGGGGAUACCGAAAACUAUAGGGAGUGAUAGGACUGUGUUGCAUGAGUAUUUCCAGCAUAAGUAUCCCGGCAAGGUUUAUAAGGUUGUUUUGCCGAUGGAUUUGUGUGCAUUGGAGGAAUUAGCUUCGGAGUUGGUUAAGGUUCGACAUGACAUCGCUUGGUUAGUUGCGAAAAUUGACUCCCGGCUGUUGCCUGAUGAGAGUGAAGACAAUGGAUAUGGAACGGAUUCGUCAGAGGGAGCGUGGGGCUGGGCUUGUAAUCUGUGGAGAAAGGUGAAGGAUGUAUGGCAUCAUGCUAUGGCUAGCUUGGGUUACACGGAUGAUAGGAGGUUAGGAGAGUUGCAGGAAUUGAGAGCUGAAUUGGAGACUGAACUGGCUGCCUACAAACAAGGCCGUGCUGUGGGUGCUGGAGUUGCGUUUGUGGUGUUCAAGGAUGUGUACACUGCUAAUAAAGCAGUUCAGGACUUUAAACAUGAGAAGAAGAGGCGGAUAGGGAAGUUUUUUUCUCUCAUGGAGUUGCGUUUACAGAGAAAUCACUGGAAAGUUGAGCAGGCACCGUUGGCAAGUGACAUUUAUUGGAAUCAUUUGGGGUCGUCAAAGGCCUCAUUGAAGUUGCGAAGAGUUCUUGUGAAUACAUGCUUACUGUUGAUUCUUCUAUUUUUUAGCUCGCCUCUUGCAAUUAUCAGUGCCGUGAAAAGCGCUGGACGGAUCAUAAAUGCAGAAGCUAUGGACAAUGCUGAUUUGUGGUUAGCUUGGUUUCAGAGCUCAAGCUGGCUUGGGAGCCUCAUCUUUCAGUUUAUGCCCAAUGUUUUUAUUUUUAUAAGCAUGUAUAUUGUGAUUCCAUCAGCACUUUCCUAUCUCUCCAAGUUUGAACGACAUCUUACAGUAUCAGGGGAGCAGAGAGCCGCACUUCUUAAGAUGGUUUGUUUCUUCCUGGUAAAUCUUAUUCUUCUGAAGGGUUUGGUUGAAUCUUCUUUAGAGAGUGCCCUGCUCAAAAUGGGAAGGUGCUACUUGGAUGGAGAAGAUUGCAAGAGGAUUGAGCAGUACAUGAGUGCAUCAUUUUUGUCAAGAUCCUGCCUUUCCUCUCUGGCAUUCUUGAUUACCAGUACAUUUUUGGGAAUAUCAUUUGAUCUAUUGGCUCCAAUCCCUUGGAUAAAAAGGAAGCUUCAGAAGUUCAGGAAGAAUGACAUGCUGCAGCUGGUCCCUGAACAAAGUGAAGAGUAUCCAUUAGAAACUCAGGAACCAAAUACUUUACAAAGACCCUUAAUUGCGGAGAACACAUAUUUUGAUUCUCCUAGGCUGAGUGGAAUGGACAUCCCAGGACAAGAUCUUUCUGAAUACCCCAUCAACAGAACCUCCACUGCCCCCAAGCAGACAUUUGAUUUUGCGCAAUAUUAUGCGUUUAAUUUGACAAUAUUUGCCCUGACAUUCAUCUAUUCUUCAUUUGCUCCACUUGUGGUUCCGGUUGGCGCAAUUUAUUUCGGCUACAGGUACGUGGUUGAUAAGUACAAUUUUCUGUUUGUCUAUCGGGUUCGUGGCUUUCCUGCUGGAAAUGAUGGGAAGUUGAUGGAUACAGUCUUGAGCAUCAUGCGUUUCUGUGUCGAUCUUUACCUGCUCGCAAUGCUCUUUUUCUUUUCGGUUCAUGGAGACUCGACAAAGCUGCAAGCAAUAUUCACACUUGGGGUGUUAGUACUGUAUAAACUGUUGCCUUCUCACAAUGAUACAUAUCAUCCUGCUGUAUUGGAAGGCAUACAAACUGUAGACAGUUUUGUGGAAGGGCCCAUUGAUUAUGAGGUCUUUUCACAGCCUAAGUUUGAUUGGGAUACAUAUACAUGAUUUCAGCUACAACUUCUUUAUUCACUAAUUGUUUGACUCUUAGUCUUGUACCCUGCGUCAGUGUUAUUGUACAUAUUGCAAUAUUGCUGUUAUUAUGAAGGAAAAAAGAACACAAAAGAGAGAAAGGACUCGGAUGUUCAUUUUGUGAUUAUUUUACGUGUCUAUGAGAUAAGAAUCAUAAGAUUGCAAGAAAUUUGCCAAGGUGAUAUACCAGAUAGACCAUCUAUUCUAUUACACUUUGGUUUCAGCAUUUCAGGAACCGGAAAGGAUGUCUCUUAACCGAUUUCUGGCUAGAUUUGGUCAUUUCUGGCUGCAGCUGAUGAAAUCCGGUGUAGAUCUUGCCUUGCCUCACAUGCUCAGGUGUAUGACGUUUUCAAUGGUGAUUUGGGAGGCCUAACCACAGACUGAACUGAACUGAACCAAAAUCAAUGGUGCGUCUGUUUCCUGGUGCUGGAAUAUUGGCAUAGUAAGUUUAGUUCUACAAUAAUGGUGCUGUUUCUUUUGGUUAUGUGUACCUCUUUCUUCGUCACUGUGUUUUCAAAUGUUUCGAAUCUUGGUCACUGGUUGUAAAGUUUCUUAAAUCCUUGAAAAGAAUCUACCGUAAAUCAAUUCCGGCUUCCUUGACUUGGGUGGAGCAUUUAAUAUAUCACAUGAGUUUGAUGGAGGGAUGAUAACUUAUGAACGGAUACAAUGACCAUUUCAUUAACAAAAUAGAAGAAAAAAGCUGAACUAACCGAGUGAAUUUAGGCCCCUGCAAGAGAGAAGGAAGGUUCUGUAAUUUUUGUGUGAGAAAUGCGGAAAACAUGUAGUGUUCAUCUUAUGGUCAAGAAAACACUUCCUUCAUUUCAUGAUCACAAAAAGGGGGAUAAGGAAUGAUUCAAUAAUUAGGAUAAUGCAAGUUUUAUUUUGGACCAAAUAAAUGGAAAUCAAAGAUGGAAAAUUGAGAAAUACUAGGAGAUUAAAGCCAAGAUUCAUCCUCCUAACUCCACUCUUGACCAAGCAAAUUGCUCAAAGAGGGUCUCUACUAUACUUGCACAGUUGAACAGGGUCUCUUUUAUCAAAUGUGGCUGUUUCCUCCACUUACUAGAAUCUCCCACUUCCCUCUCUUAAAUGUGUGGUUACUAUUGAAAAUAAGUAUCAUAUGUUUAAUAUCUUAAUUACCAUUUCAAUGAGGGUAAAUAAAUAGCAACAGUUGAAUUGUCUGUCACAAGUUAAUCCUUUCUUUUCUUGUAUACUUGCGACUUUGGUUUUUCUUCCUCCUGUUCUUCAAUCUUCAUCUCUGUAAUUUGGUUAUGAAGGGAAGGCAGAUCACAGCAAGGAAAGAAUGUAUGCCUCAUUUAGGAGUGAAAAGCCUCCUUCUCGAUUCAGGUUCUGCUGAGACAAACAAGCUUGGUGGCUCUGCAACCAUUUAUAACCAGCCUCUUUGCCCUAAGCCUCGCAGAGCCAACUCUGCCAUACCUGAAUUCCUCAUGCCCUUAAGAUGUAACAAGCACAGCCAACAGAACUCUGAUAAAAUUAGUGGAAUUCUGAACAUGAUCAGUGAAAAGGAUCUAAUAUUUGAUGGAAGAGAAUCUGUAUGUACCAAGUGUUCACCAAAAUGUUACUCAGGCUCUCCACCAGGAAGAACACCCAACCCUUUAGUUCAUGAUGUGCAAUUCAUUCACCAAAUGGAGCUUCUUUCACCAUUUACCAGAACAAAGCUUUCGGAUAAGUUCGGAUUCACAUCUGCUUCUCCAGUAUGAGAUCGGAGGCCGUCAAAACUCAGAAAUGGUUUUCAAUCCCGAUUCCUUGGGACAAAAAUGAGAGA